AUGGGAUUCGAGAGCUCUUCAUCAGCUGUAAGCAACAUGAAACCUCUUGGCAGCGAUUCAAGACCUCAAAAAUCCAAUACUGUUCAAUACUCCGUCGAUGCUGGCCUCUUCGCUGAUUUCGAUCAGUCCAUUUACUCCGGUAAGUCUUUUAACUACUCCAAAUCUGUGAUUUCGCCGCAGAACAACGUUCCUGAUGAAAACAUCACUGCUUAUUUGUCUAACAUCCAAAGAGGCGGCCUUGUUCAGCCCUUUGGGUGUUUGAUUGCUGUGGAAGAGCCUAGUUUUAGGAUACUUGGUGUUAGUGAGAACUGUGUUGAGUUUCUAGGUCUAUCUCUUGCUUCGAGCUCUCAUUCCAGCGAGUUUAAGAUCAAGGGUUUGAUUGGAAUCGACGCCAGGACGCUUUUCACACCUCCUUCAGGAGCUUCUUUGGCUAAAGCUGCUUCCUUUACUGAGAUUUCAUUGUUGAAUCCGGUUUUGGUCCAUUCUAGGACGACCCAGAUGCCGUUUUACGCUAUACUUCACAGGAUCGAUGCAGGGAUUGUGAUUGAUUUGGAGCCUGCUAAAUCUGGUGACCCGGCCUUGACUCUUGCCGGUGCAGUUCAGUCUCAGAAGCUAGCUGUUAGGGCCAUUUCUAGGCUGCAGUCACUUCCCGGGGGAGACAUUGGUGCUUUGUGUGACACUGUUGUGGAAGAUGUUCAGAGACUUACCGGUUAUGACCGUGUUAUGGUCUAUCAGUUUCAUGAAGAUGAUCAUGGUGAUGUUGUUUCCGAGAUCAGAAGAUCUGAUCUAGAGCCUUACUUGGGUUUACAUUAUCCUGCAACAGAUAUUCCUCAGGCUGCUCGGUUCUUGUUCAAACAGAACCGUGUACGGAUAAUUUGUGAUUGCAAUGCAACUCCGGUCAAGGUUGUUCAGAGUGAGCAGCUCAAGAGACCACUUUGUUUAGUCAAUUCUACACUAAGAUCUCCUCAUAGCUGCCACACGCAGUAUAUGGCUAAUAUGGGCUCUAUCGCUUCUCUUGUACUCGCAAUUGUGACCAAGACCAAAACUGCAAGCAAGCUUUGGGGAUUAGUCGUGGGUCACCAUUGUUCUCCUAGAUACGUUCUGUUCCCGUUACGGUAUGCUUGUGAGUUUCUGAUGCAAGCAUUUGGGCUUCAGCUUCAAAUGGAGCUUCAAUUAGCUUCACAGUUAGCCGAGAAGAAGGCUAUGCAGACGCAGACCUUAUUGUGCGAUAUGCUUCUCCGCGAUACUGUUUCCGCUAUUGUGACACAGUCCCCAGGUAUUAUGGACCUUGUGAAGUGCGAUGGAACCGCUUUAUAUUACAAGGGGAAAUGUUGGUUGGUCGGUGUUACUCCUAAUGAGUCACAAGUCAAAAACUUGGUGAACUGGCUCGUGGAGAAUCAUGGUGAUGACUCGACGGGUUUAACCACUGAUAGCUUGGUGGAUGCAGGAUAUCCUGGUGCCGUCUCACUUGGAGAUGCGGUUUGUGGUGUGGCUGCCGCGGGAAUCUCUUCGAAAGACUACUUGAUCUGGUUCAGGUCUAAUACUGCAAGUGCAAUCAAAUGGGGAGGAGCUAAACAUCAUCCAAAGGAUAAAGAUGAUACAGGGAGAAUGCAUCCGAGGUCAUCGUUCAAAGCGUUUCUUGAAGUUGCCAAGAGCAGGAGCUUGCCGUGGGAAAACUCUGAGAUUGAUGCUAUUCAUUCCUUGAGGGUUAUAAUAAGAGAGUCGUUUACAAGCUCUAGGCCGGUAUUGUCUGGUAAUGUUGUGGCGAGAGAUGCAAAUGAGCUCACUUCUUUUGUGUGUGAAAUGGUUAGGGUGAUUGAAACCGCGACUGCGCCUAUCUUUGGGGUUGAUUCUUUUGGAUGUAUCAAUGGUUGGAACAGUAAACUCGCUGAAAUGACGUGA